AUGGAUGGUCAUGGUUAUGACCGGUUUGGAGACGGGGAGAGGGACAAUUACCAGAUUGAUUACCGGAGAAUUGUAGGGGACAUGGAACCAGCACGGCCAUGCAUCUCAAACAGAGAUGGGGAACAACCUCAUCCCUUCGGGGCGUACACCCACCCAACACCACAUGGUCAUGGGCAUGAGACUGCGGCCCAGCGAUACAGCGCUACACGAAUCCAAGCUGGAUAUGAGCCAGAAAGCAUGGCAGACUACUUGAUCAGUGGAGGCACAGGUUAUGUUCCUGAGGAUGGGUUAACAGCACAACAACUUUUUGCUAUCGGCGAUGGACUCACAUACAAUGACUUUUUGAUCCUCCCUGGCUUUAUAGAUUUUACCUCUGAUGAAGUGGAUCUAACUUCUGCACUGACAAGGAAGAUAACCCUGAAGACACCUCUUAUUUCAUCUCCCAUGGAUACAGUCACAGAGUCAUCCAUGGCCAUUGCCAUGGCACUUAUGGGUGGGAUUGGAAUAAUUCAUCAUAACUGUACUGCUGAGUUCCAGGCCAAUGAGGUGCGCAAAGUCAAGAAAUUUGAGCAGGGCUUUAUUACAGAUCCAGUGGUGAUGAGUCCCCGACACACAGUGGGGGAUGUGUUUGAGGCCAAGGUACGCAACGGUUUCUCUGGGAUCCCUGUGACAGAAACGGGCAAGAUGGGUAGCAAGCUGGUUGGCAUUGUCACCUCCAGAGACAUAGACUUUCUGUCUGAGAAGGACCAUGACAGACCCCUGGAAGAGGCAAUGACAAAAAGGGAGGAUUUAGUCGUCGCACCAGCUGGAGUCACACUAAAAGAGGCUAAUGAUAUACUGCAACGUAGCAAAAAAGGUAAGCUCCCCAUAGUGAAUGACAGUGACGAGCUGGUUGCCAUCAUUGCUAGAACUGACUUGAAGAAGAACAGAGAUUAUCCCUUGGCUUCCAAGGACUCCCGCAAGCAGCUGCUGUGUGGGGCUGCCAUCGGUACCAGGGAGGAUGACAAAUACAGACUGGACCUCCUAAUGCAGGCUGGGGUGGAUGUGGUAGUCCUGGACUCCUCCCAAGGAAACUCAGUGUAUCAAAUCAACAUGAUAAACUACAUCAAACAGAAAUAUCCUGAACUUCAGGUGGUUGGAGGAAAUGUGGUGACAGCUGCUCAGGCUAAAAACCUCAUAGAUGCGGGUGUGGAUGCCCUGAGGGUGGGCAUGGGUUGCGGCUCCAUCUGUAUCACCCAGGAAGUGAUGGCAUGUGGACGUCCCCAAGGAACAUCAGUGUACAAGGUCGCAGAGUAUGCCCGACGUUUUGGAGUGCCAGUAAUCGCUGAUGGAGGCAUUCAGACUGUUGGACAUGUGGUGAAGGCGCUGGCCCUGGGAGCGUCUACAGUGAUGAUGGGGUCAUUGCUCGCAGCAACCACAGAAGCUCCAGGGGAGUAUUUCUUUUCAGACGGUGUGCGUCUGAAGAAGUACCGAGGAAUGGGCUCCCUGGAUGCCAUGGAGAAAAAUAAUAGUCAGAAACGCUACUUCAGUGAGGGAGAUAAGGUGAAGGUGGCUCAAGGUGUCUCAGGCUCAGUACAAGAUAAAGGCUCUAUCCAUAAGUUUGUUCCUUACCUUAUUGCUGGUAUCCAACACGGCUGUCAGGACAUAGGAGCCAAGAGUUUGUCCAUUUUACGGUCAAUGAUGUACUCUGGAGAGCUAAAGUUUGAGAAGAGAACCAUGUCUGCUCAAAUGGAGGGAGGAGUUCAUGGCCUCCACUCUUAUGAGAAGCGGCUUUACUGA